CUUACCUUCUAACCGCAUUAAGCGAAGAUGUUCCUUAGUGCAGCUGCAAGGUAGGACGUUUCACCAGGUGCAUACCCUGGGAUGGCAUAAUGAGAGCCAGUCACCCUGUCCAGGAGGAUUAAGUACAUUAUGAUUUAUUUAUCACUGCAAAAAAUAUCCACAUGGUUAAAUAUUUCACCAUGGCACAGACAGGACAGGCUAUCCUAAAAUAAAUCAGUUUUUCUACUUAUAGGCCUAGAAGUCAGAGACAGAAGGGAAUGGAGUCAUUAUAAGCAGCAGCAUGGGGUUCAUAUUUCUAAGCAAGAACUCAGCAUAGGCUAGGCUACGGCGUUGGCGGAAUAGGAGAGAUGAGGAGGGCAUCUACCUUCCUUGCCAAAAUUGUAAGAUACUGCACCAUCACAAGAUGUAGGCCUAUCAACGUCGGUCCAGACAGUGGCGAGACCAUCUUUGCCUUGUCUUCAGGACAGGGCAAAUGUGGAGUGGCAGUGAUCCGGGUCAGUGGACCAGCCUCGACCCUAGCUCUCCGCAGUCUGACUGGUCCGAGUCAGAGUUUUCCGACCCCACGGAAAGCUCUGCUGCGUCACAUCAUACAUCCCCACUCUGAGGAAAUACUUGACCGUGGACUGGUCUUUUGGUUCCCUGGUCCUCAUAGCUUUACAGGGGAAGACAGUGCAGAGUUCCACAUACAUGGGGGUCCAGCUGUGAUCAGCGGAGUCCUGGGGGCACUAGGGAGUCUGCCCAGCCUGCGCCCAGCAGAGGCAGGAGAAUUCACACGGCGGGCCUUCCACGCGGGCAAGCUGGACCUGACGGAGGUGGAGGGGCUAGGGGACCUGAUCCAUGCCGAGACCGAGGCCCAGAGGAGGCAGGCCCUGAGACAGAUGGCUGGAGACCUGGGCCGACUGUACCAUGACUGGAGCCAUCAUCUCACCCGGUGUUUGGCCCAUGUGGAAGCGUUCAUUGACUUCAGUGAGGAUGAGCUCAUCGAGGACGGGGUCUUAAAUCAAGUGGAUGAGUCCUUGUCUCAGCUGUUGCAGGAGAUUGAGGAGCACCUGAGUGACGAGCGCAAAGGAGAACGCCUACGCAGUGGCGUGCAGGUGGUGAUCGCCGGGGCAACCAACGCAGGCAAGAGCAGCCUGCUCAACCUGCUGUGCCAGCGCCCUGCAGCCAUCGUGUCUCCAGUGGCCGGGACCACCAGAGACGUAGUGGAGACGUGUGUGGACAUUGGAGGGUUUCCUGUCCUGCUCAGUGACACUGCGGGCUUAAGAGACACUCUGGAUAGUGUGGAGAGAGAGGGGGUGCGGCGGGCCCGUGAGAGGGUGCAGCAGGCCGACCUGGCACUGGUGGUGGUGGACUCCUUGCAGCUUCCCCGUGACCCCCGGCACAUCGUGGCCCACCUCGAUGGGCAGCUUGGCGAGGUUCUGUCUGGCCAGCAGGCCUCCCAGCUUUCCUGCCUCCUGGUGCUCAACAAGAGCGACCUCCUGUCGAAGGAGCAGUGCCGGAGCAUCCAGAGCGCCCUGAGGGAGAGCAGUGACCUGCCCCCCGCCUGCCUCCUGUCCUGCCACACCAACGGGGGGGUGAACGGGUUUCUAUCCGCCCUAAAGAACGCCGUGCAGAUUUUGUGCGGGGAUCCCCUGACCGGCGGGCCGAGCCUGACCCAGGCCCGGCACCGUGCCCACUUGAUGGAAUGUGUACGCUCCCUGACCCAGUACCGCCAGUACCGGGACGUGGACCUGGCCCUGGCGGCCGAGGGCGUCCGCUUGGCCCUCAUCGGCCUGGGCCGCAUCACUGGCAGGGUGGGGGCCGAGGAAAUUCUGGACAUUAUUUUCAGGGACUUCUGCAUUGGGAAGUGACCCAGCUGUUACAGCAGAGUUGAAACAGUGACUGUGUGUGUGUGUGUGUGUGUGUGUGUGUGUGUGUGUGUGUGUGUGUGUGGUAUGCACAUGUGUGUAUACUUAAUUUUUGUAAUAUAUUCAGUUUCAUUAUUAUUCAAGAUAAACUGGAAAUAAAAAAUAAGAGAAACCAA